AGACACUACGGCCAAUAGGGUUGAAGCGGCAUUGCUCCCCUGUGCUGCUGCGUCACCAACAACAGUGCCCAGUGGUCACCAAGCUCAUCGACUUGUGAAAAGAUUUCGGUAUUUAUGCGAAUUGCAAGGCCCUAUAUAACGAUUUAUCACCGAUUUUUGCGCUGAGUUUAUUGGUCCAUGCUCCAACUGGUAUGCUUCGUUUUUCUCAUUGUAAAAUAAGAGGAAAUUGAACUUGAACUGGAAGAGCGAAAGCCAAGGUCAAGGUGGAUGUUGAGAGCUGACUUGGUUGAGACCAAUAAUAUAAAUGAGCAAUUGACAUAAUACAUUGAUCCUACUCCAAACUUCAACUUCAAGGAAGGCGGACGAUAAAGGCUCCCCGGAGCCUGAGGAGCAGCAGGAGCCGGAUCAGGAGCCGGAACAGGAGCAGGAUCAGGAGCCCGAGGAGGCAGAGCAGCCGCUGGGGGCGGAGGGACCUGCGCCGAUCGAGCACGAGGCGGCCGCUGACAUCAUGUCAGACGAGGAGGCUGUCAUGGAGGGAAAGGAGAUGCCUGCUGACGAGGGACCUCCGGCCGACGAAGACGAGGAUGAGGACGACGUCCAGAGCGCGCGCAUUGAGGGAGCCGAUGAAGUGGACACGAUGACUCUCGAGGGCGCCGCCGAGGUGCGAAUGCCGCCAGCGUCCAGCGGGUCGCUCAAACAGCCCUUCGACUCUGAGCGCACUCGCGGCGCGCGCAGCAUGACUCUAACCCGGGACUCUGGCGCCGAGGUACUCGACGAAAACGGCACGCCAGCUCCGGAGGCGGUUCCCGAGGAGCUGCGAGACAACGUCUACGGCACGCUCAAGAUCGCCGAUGAUGGAAAUAUGACGCUGGAGGCGUACGACCGACCGGCCUCUGAGACCGAGACAGCUGAGGGAACUCCCAGUCAGCUGCGCGUGCAGGCCAUGAUGCGUGCCGAGGCGCCGCCGCAGGCCACACCGUCCUCGCUGCGGCCGCGCGGCAUGUCCAUUGAGAGGUCGCCAGAAAUGGAGGUGAACAUGCGCCAGCACCUGCCGCCCGGGCCGACCAUCUCGCCCGACCAGCAGAAGCUGCUUGACGAGCUCGGCAUGCAGGCGGGUCCCACCGGCUUCAGCAAGACCAAGGAGGUCCACAUGCUGGCCUCGGACGUCAUGAUGGAGACGAUGGAAGCCAAGCUGGGCAUCUCCUGGCGCCGCGACAUGGACCGAGAGGAGGCCAUCGACGAGGCUCGCGCCCAGUACUACGAGCAUUUCGCCGGCCAGGCCAUAUUCAAAGAAGUUGGCCUCAACGAGCCAGCAUACGAUCCGGCCGACUACGAGCAUCUCACAGUUCCUCCGGAGAUCGCCCAGAUGUUCCAGUUCAUCACUAGCUACACGCCGCAGACCAUCGACCUCGAGCACAGACUGAAGCCGUUCAUUCCCGACUUCAUCCCGGCCAUCGGAGACAUCGACGCGUUCAUCAAGGUGGAACGGCCCGACGGCAAGGCGGACUCAAUUGGUCUGUCUGUGCUGGACGAGCCGCGCGCUCAGCAGAGCGAUAAGAACGUACUGGAUCUCCAGCUGCGUGCUGUCGCCAAAACCACUACACAUAAACAGACGACUGUGGCCAGUGUGCCCAACGCCGACCGUAACCACAAGGCCGUGGAGAAGUGGAUCAAAGACAUCGGCGACCUGCACAGGUCCAAACCGGCCCCGUCCGUGCACUACAACAAGCCGAUGCCGGAUAUCGACUACCUAAUGCAGGAGUGGCCGGCCGAGUUUGAGGAGGUCCUCUCUAGCACACACCUACCGACGGCUGACCUCGACUGUGACCUGGCCACCUACGUGGAUAUCAUUUGCAGCAUCAUGGACAUUCCGGUGUACAAGUCCAAGGUGCAGUCCCUGCAUGUGCUGUUCACGCUCUACAGCGCCUUCAAGCAGUCGGGCCAUUUCGGUCAGCAGCCGGAGGCCAACCCCAACUAUCAACAGAUGACCCUGUGAGCGCCCGACUCCGCCGGCGGUAGGGAGCGCUGCUGAUCCGCCGCCCGCGCGCUGCCGUCGCGGUCUGGUUUGGUGAGUCUGUGCUCCACUGUAUAAUCCGUCCAACGCUGAGCUGAGUUCUUUCUCGCGCUCAGACUUUUCACUGGCCGUGUAUCAAUCACUACAGUGCCAGUACCACUACUGUACCACUAUUUCACUGGCCACCAUAUCAGUGCAGGCCGUGUUUGCUGUUUACUGGUCUAGUCACCGUCCAAAGGAAGAUACCAUGUGAUAGGAAGUGAAGCACUUUGAUGCUGCUGUGGUAGUGGCCAGAUCUCGAUGCGUCAACAGUCUAGUCAGUCAAUUCACGACGAAUUCGGUCAGUGCUAACGGAAAAUCAGUCGUAUGUUAUGCACCAUUUAUGACCAUAUUUGUUCACCGUGAGACUCUAACUCGUGUUCAUCUUUGUUUUUGCGCUGCAUUGUGCCCAUCGCUUCAGUUCACCAUUCGACUAGCUUACUUGAACACUGCAUUGUUGUACUGUGCAUCCGUGGCUCGGGUGUGCCUCUGGAGGUCAAUCUGUGGUUGACCUCUCACUCCGACCAUUUAUGUGUUCUCGGCCCCAAUACAAGACGGUCAGUCGGUUA